AGCAUCAAAGAUGGCAACAUCCUGUUCAAAGUUCCACAGUACAAACCCUUUGACGUGAUGACAGACUUUUUUUUAUCAAUGACACACAGAAGGUAUAGCGAUCCAGUUUCCACCGCUUGCAGCUCCUUCGGCAUCGGACAAAAAGGGCUACUCUCCUGAGUCCUGAGUGAGCGAGCGAGAGACUACCGGUGGAGGUGUCUUGCUUUGGACAGAGUGGAGCAGGCGGCCAUUUUUGUAAAGGGCAGAGGAGGCUUAGAGACAUUGAUGCUAUUUCCCUUUUUUAGCGGAAACGGAAAUCGAAACGGGCAGGCGAUUCGACUUCCUAUUCCCAGGCCUGUUGUUAUCUUGUUUUAGAACAAGGGAGCUGGCUGAUCCAGUGGAAGACAUCAUGGAUGAGUUUUCUGAUCCUGAUCUGGCUGUUUUGGGUGAGGAGUCCAAAUCAGAGAACGGAGAAAAUGCCCCUGUCUACUGCAUCUGCCGUAAACCUGACAUCAACUGUUUCAUGAUAGGCUGUGAUCACUGCAAUGAAUGGUUCCAUGGCCAUUGCAUUAACAUUACUGAAAAGAUGGCAAAGGCCAUUCGGGAGUGGUACUGCAUGCAGUGCCGAGAGAGAGACCCAUCUCUUGAGAUUCGGUACAGGCACAAAAAGUCCAAGGAGAAGGACCGUGAGGGUGAGCGGGAACGUGCCGAUAAGGAUGAGAUGCGUGCAAAGACCCAGGAGCUGGCAUUAGAGCAGAGUCGCAGCUCAAAACAGAUCAAGCGCUCAGCACGCAUGUGUGGUGAAUGCGAAGCUUGCCGGCGCACAGAGGAUUGUGGGCAGUGUGAUUUCUGCCGUGACAUGAAGAAAUUUGGGGGCCCCAACAAAAUCCGCCAGAAGUGCCGCCUGAGGCAGUGCCAGGUUCGGGCUCGGGAGUCCUAUAAAUAUUUUCCAGCUUCGAUGUUACGGGGGCGGGAGGAUGAUCUGCAAAUGCUAAAGGAACAGCUAGAAUCGGCUACCACACCCGAACCUCUGUCGGAUGAUGAUCUGCACAUAGAUCCCGAUUUGUAUCAGGAGCUUUGUUCAGGGGCCUUCGAUGAUCAGAACCUGCCAUGGCUGAGUGACACUGAUGAUGCACCCUUCCUUGAUCCUGUGUUGCGAAAACGAGCUGUGAAAGUGAAGCAUGUCAAACGGAGAGAGAAGAAGUCUGAGAAAAAGAAGGAGGAGAAAUACAAGCGUCACAAGCAGAAGCAAAAGCACCGGGACAGGUCAAAGCAUGCUGAACGGGUGGAUGCCAAAGACCCAUCCUCAUUACACCAAUGUCUUGGCCCUGGCUGCAUCCAGGCUGCCCGGGCCAACUCCAAGUACUGUUCUGAUGAAUGUGGCAUGAAGCUGGCAGCAAACCGCAUCUAUGAGAUCCUCCCCCAGCGCAUCCAGCAAUGGCAGCAAAGCCCAUGUGUGGCAGAAGAGCACGGCAAGAAGCUGUUGGAGCGGAUACGGCGGGAGCAGCAGCAGGCCCGCCUCAAGCUACAGGAAAUGGAGCGCAAAUUCCAUGAAUUGGAAGCUGUCAUUGUCCGGGCCAAGCAGCAAGCCAUCAAGGAAGAUGAAGAGACCAGCGAAGGAGACAGCGAUGACACAGACUUGCAGAUAUUCUGUGUCUCCUGCGGACACCCCAUCAACCCUAAGGUGGCCCUGCGCCACAUGGAGCGAUGCUACGCCAAGUACGAGAGCCAGACAUCCUUUGGGUCUAUGUAUCCAACACGCAUUGAAGGGGCAACCCGUCUUUUCUGUGAUGUCUACAACCCACAAAGCAAGACCUACUGCAAACGCUUGCAGGUCCUGUGCCCAGAGCAUUCCCGUGAUCCUAAGGUGUCAGCAGAUGAGGUAUGUGGCUGCCCCAUGGUAAAAGAUGUGUUUGAGCUCACUGGGGAAUUCUGCCGUGUGCCCAAGCGCAAAUGCAACAGACACUACUGCUGGGAGAAACUACGCCGGGCUGAAGUGGACCUAGAGCGAGUGCGCGUGUGGUACAAGCUAGAUGAGCUGUUUGAGCAGGAGCGAAAUGUCCGUAUGGCCAUGACCAACCGUGCUGGGCUGCUCGCCCUCAUGUUGCAUCAGACGAUCCAGCAUGAUCCGCUAACCACAGAUCUGCGCACAACCACUGAUCGCUGAGCUGGUGCUUCCUGACUGCUGAUUAUGAGACCUUCAUGAUUCAGUGCCAAUUUGAACCAGAAUCUUUUUUAAGAAAUGAUUUUUCAUAUGCUCUUUCUUUUUUAUUAAUUAAAGUGGUUUGUUGUUUUGGC